AUGUCAAAAAUAGAUUUAAUAAAUUCACCGCCGUACACUGAUUUAACUUUCGCGCAAAUUGAAGAAACAUUAGGAAAGUUGGUCACAAUAAAAUUAAAAAAUGGAGAAAAGUUUGAAGGACAUUUGUAUAAUAUAGAUCCCGUAACUUUUACGAUUGGGGAUCUUUACACAGUAGACGAACUUCCGUCAAGAUACAAGAUAUUGAUCAUAAAAGACUUUGACAUAUCAGAAUUCAAAGUAAACAAUGAUAAAGAUGCGAUACCCAGAAACCUAUUGGAUUCUGUAGUCAACAAAUAUACAGAAGAUUAUACUAUCAAUUCAGAAAAAAUGCGACAAAGAAGAGAAAAAUUGAUCUCAUUAUUUACAUCGCAACGAAUUCCGGUGACACACAACGAAGAUGAAUCAAUUAUUCAUAUCAUGGGUCGUGCUCAUAUUUCGCCCCCAUAUGUAGUAUCUUCUAUUGAAUGUGAUAAUGAAAUAAUUUUGGAAAGAGGUAAAAGAGGCAGGGGGGCAAAGAGAGAGUAUAGAAAAGAUAAAAGAGGGUAUAAAGAAGUAGGGAGGUGUCAAGAAGGAGGAGAGG